AAUCCCAUGUGGCGUUUGGUACGGUGUCUCGAUGGUCCAGGCGGAGUUAUGAGCUUCAGUCUUGUCAGAUGAACUUAGAAAUUAUAUUUUUUUUAAAUAUUGAAACAGAAUUAAAUACACUUUUUAUCCAGUCCCUUGACUGCGAGACACUUUGAGGAUGUGUGGUUAGACUUCUGUUUGAUAGUCUCGUCGGUCGGGGAAGAGUGAAGCCGUCGCCCGCGGAUGGCGAGGCCCCACCACAGGAUGUGCUUCUCGGUUAACGGGAUUACGCGACUUCGGGGAUUUAGUUGAAGUUAGGCCUCACGUACCUUUUGUUUCUUUUUGAAAAUCAGAGCAUCGUUUAGUUCCUCGGCAGGUGCCUUCAACAAAGAUGACGGAGUUUGCAUGCCUGCAGUUUGUGAGUUCCUUUGCAUUUGAGGCGAUGCAGAAGGUGGAUGUGGUAAAGCUGGCAGCACUGAGUGACCCAGAGCUGAGACUGCUGUUGCCUUGUCUGGUGAGAAUGGCUUUAUGUGCCCCAGCUGAUCAGAGUGACGCCUGGGCUCAAGAUAAAAAACUCAUUCUACGCCUCCUGUCAGGGAUUGAAGCUGUCAACUCGAUUGUGGCUUUAUUAUCAGUGGACUUCCAUGCACUGGAACAGGAUGCAACAAAAGAACAACAGCUGAGGCACAAAUUAGGUGGAGCAAAUGGAGAGAGCAUCCUGGUGUCGCAGUUGCAGCAUGGCCUGGCUUUGGAGUUCGAACACAGCGACUCUCCUCGCCGGCUCCGACUAGCAUUGAGUGAAUUGUUGGUGAUCAUGAACAAGGUAUCUGAUUCAAAUGGAGAAUUUUUUAUGAAGUCUUCAGAACUGUUUGAGAGCCCUGUGUAUCUAGAUGAAGUUGCAGAUGUGCUGUGUAUCCUUCAAGCAGAGCUUCCAUCAUUAUUGCCAAUUACUGAAGUAGCAGAAGCCUUGCUGCAUGUGAAGAAUGGAUCCUGGUUCAUGUGUUUGUUGGUGGCCAAUGUCCCGGACAGCUUUAAUGAAGUUUGCAGGGGCUUAAUAAAGAAUGGUGAGCGACAGGAUGAGGAGAGUGCCGGGGGCCGGCGCAGAACUGAGGCACUUCGACAGCUAUGUAAGAUGAAUCCUUCGCAAGCCUUGAAUGUCCGAGCCAUGGUGGUGGAGGAAUGCCACCUCCCCGGCCUUGGGAUAGCCCUGACCCUGGACCAGUGCAAGAAUGAUGGCUCUGAAGAUACCGUGACUGACUUGGUGUCAUUUGUUAGUGGCCUGUUAUUGGGAACUAAUGCUAAAGUGAGAACCUGGUUUGGGAUGUUCAUCCGCAAUGGGCAGCAGCGGAAGCGAGAACGCAGCAGUUCAGUGCUCUGGCAGAUGAGGCGGCAGCUGUUACUGGAACUAAUGGCAAUCCUCCCGACAGUCAGCAGUAGCCGCAUUGGUGAGGACACAGCAGACACAGAUAUGGAGCCCAACAUAUCAGUGUACUCGGCACUGAAGGAAGAAAACGUGGUGAAGGCGAGCGCAAUGCUACGUCUGUACUGUGCACUCAUGGGAAUCGCUGGCCUCAAGCCCACCGAUGAAGAAGCUGAACAACUCCUACAGCUGAUGACAAGCCGUCCACCAGCAACUCCAGCUGGUGUUCGCUUUGUGUCCCUUUCGUUCUGCAUGCUGCUAGCAUUUCCCAGCUUAGUCAGCACACCUGAACAGGAGCAAAUGACAGUGAUGUGGUUAAGUUGGAUGAUCAGAGAGGAAGCAUAUUUUGAGAGUACUACAGGAGUCUCUGCUUCGUUUGGUGAGAUGCUGCUAUUGGUUGCAAUGUAUUUCCAUAGCAACCAACUUAACGCUAUCAUCGACUUGGUGUGUUCCACUCUGGGCAUGAAGAUUGCAAUUAAGCCAAGCUCACUGAACAGAAUGAAAACCAUUUUCACGCAAGAGAUAUUCACAGAACAGGUAGUGACUGCCCACGCUGUGCGAGUACCUGUUACCAGUAACCUGAGUGCCAUCAUCACUGGGUUCCUGCCCAUACACUGUAUUUACCAGCUGUUAAGAAGUCGUGCUUUCACUAAGCAUAAGGUUUCCAUCAAGGAUUGGAUUUACAGACAGAUGUGUGAGACAACAACACCUCUGCACCCUCAGUUAAUCCCUCUGAUUGAUGUUUACAUCAACUCCAUCCUAACACCAGCAUCCAAGGCUAAUCCAGAAGCCACAAAUCAACCAAUUACAGAACAGGAGGUCCUAAACAUAUUCAAUGGCCUUACUUGGGGAGAGAAUAACAGAUGUCGGCAGAGACACAGCAUCACAGCCCAGCUGCUGGUCCUCUAUUACACUCUUUCAUAUGAGGAGACUCUAUUGUCCAAUGUCAAACCAUUAGCUGCAAUGCAGAAGAAGCCCAAGUCGUACUCUGCAGCCCUCAUGGACCAGAUUCCCAUCAAGUACUUGAUUCGUCAGGCACAGGGGCUUCAACAGGAGCUGGGAGGCCUACACUCUGCAUUGCUGCGCCUGCUGGCCACCAACUUUCCUCACCUGUGCAUGGUGGAUGACUGGAUGUGUGAGGAGGAAGUCACGGGCACAGAGGCGCUGCUCAGCAGAAUGCUCUUGACCAGUCGGGCCAAACGGCACUCGCCCAAGAAGCUGCAGGAAGCUUUCCAGAUAACUUCUGCCAAUUACACUCAACUGAUGCAGAUCUUGGAGGACUUGACGCUCUUGUCUGCCAGCGAGCUGAUCCCAUUUGCCGAAGCUUUGAUGUUGGAUUUGUACAAGUUGCUGGAGCCAGGGGUUCCCCGACAAAUUCUGCAGACAGUCAAUCAGCUCUGGAGGCUUCUCAACACUGUUAUGCCAAGGAGGCUGUGGGUGAUGACUGUGAAUGCCCUGCAGCCAAGAGCCAAGCUGCUUCGCCAGCAAAAGUACACACAGAAUGACCUGAUGAUUGAUCCGCUGAUUGUGCUGAGAUGUGACCACAGAGUGUACAGAUGUCCACCACUAAUGGACAUUACCUUGCACAUGCUCAAUGGAUACCUUCUGGCAUCAAAGGCCUAUCUGAGUGCUCACCUCAAGGAGAAUGUGGAUCAGGACACCAAGCCGUAUCAGAACAAUACAAUGGGGAUUGUGGGGCAGCCUGAUGCUCCAGAGGUUACAAGAGAGGAGCUGAAAAAUGCCUUAUUGUCAGCCCAGGACAGUGCAGCUGUUCAGAUUCUACUGGAGAUCUGCUUACCUACUGAAGAAGAGAGGUCUUGUGGUGCUGGAGGGUUUCUGGAACAGCAGGACCAAACAACAGGCGGUCUGUCUGAAUGCUCAGAGGACAAUCGGGAGACUUUACUAAGCAAUGUCCGGGAGGUGCAGUGUCUCAUCUGCUGUCUUCUGCAUCAGUUGUUCAUUGCAGAUCCAAACAUUGCCAAACUUGUUCACUUUCAGGGCUACCCAAGUGAGCUACUGCCCCUGACUGUGGCUGGAAUUCCCUCUAUUCACAUAUGCCUGGAUUUCAUUCCAGAACUCCUGGCACAACCACAACUGGAGAAGCAGAUAUUUGCCAUCCAACUUUUGUCGCACUUGUGUAUCCAGUAUGCAUUACCCAAGUCUCUCAGUGUAGCACGUUUGUCCAUCAAUGUCAUGGGAACAAUACUUACAGGUGAGUCUGUUGAAGCCAAACGGUUUGCCUUCUUCAUGCCUACAUUGCCUUGUUUAGUGUCCUUCUGAGCUUUCCCUCCUCUAUGUGAUGACGUUACCUCAUUACUGAUUCAGACUGGACAAGUCUGUGCCUCACAUGUUGCUACCCAGGCACAAGAUAUUGACCCCAUCAUCACACGUCUCAAGAAUCUAAAAGAAAAAUCUGAUGGCAAGUGCCAACUUCUACCAGAGUACAGAUUUGGAAACUAUGAAAAAGGGGAGAAUAUUGCACCCGAGAGUUUGGACCCUGAUGUGCUUCUGUGCCAGCGCAUUGAAGCAACUUUUCUAGAGAUAAUAAACACAGCUGGUUGUCGGAAGUCUAGCAUCAGAAUGAAGCAAUGGAAGCUUUGUCAGAAUCAGCUAGCACUGCAGCAGCUAAUGGGUGGUGCUGUCGUGAAAUGGGACUGGUGAGUGAUGGAACAGUUCAAACUGCAAGUUUUCAUCAGAAACUCAAGCAUGGUGCACUUCAUAGAUCUGAAUGGGCCUGUUGUCUUUGA